AUCGAUAGGUACAGUUGCCAAUGUUCCGGUGGCUACCAAGGGAUAAAUUGCGAAUUCGAAAUAGACGAAUGUUUAUCAAAUCCUUGUUUAAAUGAUGGAACUUGUAUUGAUUCUAAUAAUGGUUAUACAUGCAGCUGUAAAGCAGGUUUUUCAGGAGCAUUAUGUCAGUUAGAAAUCGACGAAUGUUUGUCAAAUCCGUGUUUAAACGAUGGAACUUGUAUUGAUUCGAAUAAUGCUUAUACGUGCAGUUGUAGAGCAGGUUUUUCAGGAAUAUUAUGCCAGUCGGAAAUCGACGAAUGUUUAUCAAAUCCUUGUUUAAACGAUGGAACUUGUAUUGAUUCUAAUAAUGGUUAUACAUGCAGCUGUAAAGCAGGUUUUUCAGGAGCAUUAUGUCAGUUAGAAAUCGACGAAUGUUUGUCAAAUCCGUGUUUAAACGAUGGAACUUGUAUUGAUUCGAAUAAUGCUUAUACGUGCAGUUGUAGAGCAGGUUUUUCAGGAAUAUUAUGCCAGUCGGGUAAGUAG